UCCAGAAGUGGACAGAUUCGUUUUAAGUCUAUUUUUAUUUCUACAUUUUAUGUGAACAAAGAUCAGAUAAUUAGACACAGAUUCACAUGUAGCUCAUGUGUUUUUAAUGAACAACUACCAAAGACACACAAAACUAUUAGCAGAGAACAGAAAUAACAGAGUGACAGUUGUUCUAGUUAUUGUAGAGGUUUGUGGUUUGUUCUCAGUGUUCAGCUCUCCAUCUCACACAGUAAAGGGGAAGUGGUGAUGGACGACUACACUGUAAAAUCAUAACUUCAUGCUUUUACAAGUACUAAAAUCUGCAGAAUCUAAUCGAAAAGUUAAGGCAAAGACACAAAUCUCUGGAUGUAGAUAAAAAAAAAUGUUAUUAUACUCAUUUAAAAUUUCACAUAUAAGAAUGAAACCUGUGACAUCAUGGCUACCUGAGGGUGUACAAACUUAUACUCAGUUCAGUCUUCAGUUCUAAUAAACUUUACUGAAAUUACACUGUUACUUGUUAGAAUUCUUAGAUCUUGUAAAUGUAAUUUAUUCCAACAAAGAGGAGAGAAUUUUAAACCUUAUUUCCACUAAAUAGAUCUAAAAAAGUUGUUUCAUACCAAUCACACGUCUCCAUUGGUGAGAGAAAAGUGUGUAGUGAGCGUGUAGAGACUGAACACACUGAGACAGGACUUCCGCCCAGCACUCUGAUGAAUGUGGGACAGUAAAGACGCUAAACUAACAGUAAGGGAAGGUCGUGAACAGCAGCAACACAACUGCACUGAACACAACGUUCUUCACUGAUAAUGACGUCGAGGAGAAACAGGAACAUGCUGGUGAAUAUUGUAGCAGAAAUCAGGACUCUCAGGACUCUUCUUCUCCUGCUGUGCUGUUUACUGUGUGAAGCUGGAGACGAGACGGUCACACUGCAGGAAGUGGAAGGAACCACUAUAACUCUCCAUACUGGGAUAACUGGGAUUCAGAGGGAUGCUCAUAUAGUUUGGUUUUAUGGACCUGAGAAAGCAAAGAAAAAGAUAUUGAACAGUCAGGUGUUUAAAGGAGAAACUGUUACAGACAUCAGUGAGAGAUUUAAAGAGCGACUGCAGCUGGACAGAAUCAGUGGAGCUUUAACCAUCAGGAACAUCAGCAGAACUGAUUCUGGAGUUUAUUUAUUACAAGUCAUCACUGAACAUCUCUCAUCUAGGACUUUCAGUGUCAGUGUUUAUGCUCCAGUAUCAACUCCAGUAAUAAUAAAUGAAAGAGGAAAGCGAAGUGUGAUUUCCACAGAGUCGUGUUUCCUCCUGUGUUCUGUGGAGAAUGGAGAAGAUGUGAAGUUAUCCUGGUACAGAGAGAAUGAGAGAAUCUCCAUCACCAAUAACACAGAUCUCAGUGUUCCCCUCAAUCUCCCACUUCAAAUACAACACAAUGACAUUAACACUUACAUCUGUGUGUCUGCAAACCCUGUCAGCAAUAAAACAACUUCUCUCAUCAUCACACAGCUCUGUGACGUCUCAGACAAAUCUGAUGAUUCUCCUUCACUGCUUCCUGUCCUUAUAUCAGCUGGAGUUUUCCUGCUACUAAUACUAACAGGAUUUGUGUGGGUUUGGCUAAAAAGAAAACACAACAAGGUCCUAAAGAAACUUGAGGAAGUGACUUUCACUGAGGUGACAAUUACAGCUCACAGUGCAGAGAGAGUUAAAAAGGAAGAAAAGUCCAGAAUAACAGAUGGUCAAGAGCUGAAUACCUUCAUGAUGUACUCAGCUGUGGAGACACUGACAUAAUUCAGUACAUACUUAUUUAUCAAAAAGAACAUUAAAUGAUAAUUAAUCAAAUUCUUUUAUAGGUCACUGAUCUAUAAUUCAUUUAUAUUUAAUAACCUUUGAAUAUUGGAGUUUGGAUUAAAAAAUAAUAACAUUCUCGAUCUGUGUACUUCAUUAAACUACAAAUAAAAACAGUUUGCUCUUCAA